AUGGUGCUACCCCGAAAGCCGUACCCGCGUCGGCCUACUCGCCUCAGCCCCAAAGAGGUCGGCGAGCGCGUUGCGGCCGUCCCACUGUGUCAGCGGCAGACGCUGCGAGCGCUUGAAGCCGCGUCCGGCAUUCCUCGAUCCACGUUGCAUCGAUACCUGAAGGCGAACACACUGCGACGUUUCAUUUCGAGGGUUAAGCCGUCGCUGACAGCUACCCACAAGCUACAGCGGCUGACAUGGGCUCUGGCCCAAGUACAUCGCCCCAUUGGUUGUUGUUUGUACCGGUUUGAUGCAAUGUACAAUGUAGUACAUAUUGAUGAGAAGUGGUUCAACAUGUACAAGGCCUCCUCUCGUUACUACCUGACAGCAGAUGAGGAAUUGCCAUACCGAACAUGUCCGAACAAAAGGUACAUAGGCAAGGUGAUGUUUUUAGCUGCCGUGGCUAGACCACGCUACGAUUUUUCGAGAAAAACACUUUUUGAUGGCAAAAUUGGAAUUUGGCCUAUUGUCGAGCGCGCUAGUGCCAAAAGAACAUCCAAGAAUCGUGCCGCCGGGACUCCAAUUACGAAAAACAUCAACAUGUCGAGAGAAGUAUACGUGCGGAUGCUUCGAGAAAAAGUAUUUCCGGCAAUUCGACAAAAAUGGCCAGGUUCGAGAAAAGCUAUUAUCCGGGUUCAGCAAGACAACGCUGGCCCCCAUGUCGACGAGGACCACGGCGAGGUUGUUGCUGCCUGA